AUGGAAGAACUUAUAUGUCCAUAAUGUCAUAAUAUAUUCAAUGAAUUCGAGAAUACUCCUCUCAUGCUUCCAGACUGUGGCCAUACCAUCUGUCAAAAAUGCAUCCAAUACAUGUUAUCCAACGUUGAUGGCUAGUAGAUCUCCUGUCCAGAAGACAAGUAUUUAUUCUACUCCAACCCUAGUAUUUUAGCAAAGGGCAAGACUCAUAUCUCAGAAUUUCCAAAAAAUUGCUAGCUUUUGAAAAUGAUCGUAAAAUAGAGACCAUCCAUCGAGUAACCUGAAUAUUAGUUGCAUCUCAAUAAUUUAGCUUAGGAACGGAUUGAAUUGUGUGCUGAACAUCUUGAAAAGUUAGAAAUUGUAUGCUUAACAGAUAAAAUUCGAAUUUGUACUAAAUGUGCUUUGUUUGGAAAUCACAGGCAUCACGAAGUGAAAUCUGUUGAUGAUGUAGUGAGAGAAGUCACUCUCAGAGCUGAAAAUAUCAUGUAGACUUAUUAAAGAAUAUUGGAUAAACAAUAAGAAAUGAGCGAGUCCAAGUUUUAUGAUCUUCUGAAUGAUAAAUUCUAAACGAUGCUCUUAGAUAGUUAGAUGCAGGUUAAGGAGAAGUUUAAGGAAUUGCAUUAAUAAUUAGAGUUAAAGGAGAAUAAGUUAUUGGAACAAUUGAAUGGUCUCACUUAAACUCUUGAAUAAUAGACUAAGAAAUAGAUCAAAGAUCAAAUCUCAUCAAGCUUGUAAUAAGCUGAUUUAUGGAAGAUUGGAGCCAAAGAUCGUUUGCUCUAUUUCUCGACUAAAACUGAUAAUGGGGAGUUGCCUUUGGAUUUACUUUAUAAUUAGGAAUUCAAAGGAAAUGCCAUCAUUGAAGAAAUGGACAGAACCAUUAAAAUGUUAGAACAACGAAUUAAUAACAUUAGAAUCAAAAAAAUUAGAGUGGACUUUAAGAAAACAGAAAUAGAUAAGUGUUUUGAUACAAUGUGCUCAUUAACAUUAUAAUUAAAUCAUACUGAAAACAAUCAUGUUGAGAAUAGCUUUACAAAAUUUGAUUAAGAAGAACCUCUCCUCUUGAGGGAUAAUUCAGUAGCAGAUUGGAAUGAUAUUGAGGAGAGUCUGAUUACUCAAGUAGCCCAUAAUUAGAGUCAUGUUUCAACAUAAUCAGUUGUGUAGGCUAAAAGUCCUUUGAGAACUGAAAAUCUUGCUCAUUCUCAUCAUUCCAUCACUCCUCUCAAGAGCAUCAAACAAAAAAGUCCAACCAAGGAACACUCUAACAAUACUCUCUAACCACCAGCUCCUGUGUCCAUUUUACGUUAAGGUAUAUCUCCGACACCAAAAUUACAAGAAAAGAGAAAGAAAACUUUUAAAAUGAGUGAGAAGUUUGAUCCAGCCUUUUAGGCCUUCAAAAAUGACAAUUUAGAGAUUGUAGAUUUCUCAAAUGCUGAGUUGGGAGAUGAGGGAUGCUCAAUAAUUGCAGAUCAAUUGAAAAUUUGUAAAAAAGUGAAGUAGUUGAAAUUGGCUAGAAAUAAGAUUAGUGAUGAUGGUGCUGCUGUGUUGUUGCAAGCAUUGGCUUAAAAUAGUAAUGUGGUUUCAUUACAUUUGUCCUCAAAUAUGAUCACGGAGAGAACUCUGGAUUAGAUCUUAACGUUGAUUAAAUCGUCUUAAUUGCCAAGGAAUAUUUAUUUGUCAUAAACUCUAAUCAAUGCUACCAAAUCCAAGAAAAAAGUUUGA